AUGUUACACUCAGAUUAAUUCAUUAAAUUAUCAACUGUCACUCUCUUUAAACACUCUCUUGAAGUCUAAGAUAUUGAGAAGACAAGUCAAAUUACUGAAGAGAAAUCUCAAAGCAAGCAAUAAAUUGGAUUGCUCGAAGAAAUUAAGAAUAGAUUUAGCAAUGUUAUGGGCCUUGUUCUUAUGAUUCUAAGUAUUCUACUUAUGGUAGUAAAUAUGCUAGCCUUCAAAGAAAUAAGAAGAGUAAACUAAAAUUUCAGUUAUGUCGAAUUGUUAAUGGUGAGAGGUUUAUUUCAAACAGUCAUCCAGGCAGCCCAGAUUAAAUUGUUGAAAGUACCACUUAAGAUAACCAAGCAAUAAUUCAAGCUUUGUAUAGGCAGGGCAGUUCUCUCACUAAUUUCUAUGCAAAUGUUAUGGUACAGUUUUUAGUACUUGAAUAUGGGGAUAUUUUCUUCAUUAUAAAAUUUAAAACCACUCAUUACCUUACUUCUUGCUUAUGUCAUACUUAGAGAAUCACUUAAGUUACCUGAGAUUCUAAGUAUAUUAAUAUCUUUCACAGGCGCGUUGAUGAUAGUUAUAUCUCAUAACCAGUAAGCUAAGGCCACUGAUACUUAAGAGAUUAAUUAAUAGAGUUUUUGGAUAGCUGUUAUAUUUAAUAUUGGUGCGAGCACUAUCGGAGCUCUAGCCAUGGUAGUAAUAAGAUCAUUAAAAAAUGUUCAUUAUACAAUUAUAAAUGGCUUCUACGGAGUAGCUCUCCUUGUUGUUUCUUCCAUUAUUUGGUUAAUUUUUAGGUACCCAAUUGGAAUACAUUACAAUUUUGAUACUUAUUAAACACUUUUAAUGACUAUGAUUGGGAUCUUAACCACAGCCUCAAACUAACUUAAGAUUGUUGCUUUGUCUAUAGAUAAAGCAGGAAGAAUCGCUUCACUAUAAUUUUUGGAAGUAUUUUUCUCUUACUGCUGCGAUUUUUUCAUUUACUCCAUCUAAAUUUAGUUACUAGAAAUGCUAGGAGCAGUACUAAUAGUAGCAUGCUCUAUAGCUAUGCUUAUAUUAAAAAUAAAACUUAAGUGA